AGACAGCUUUCGCGCAUGUGGAGGACGCGAUGGUCCCUUCAUUAUCUGGAAGGACACCCAGAGUGGCAAAUGCCAGAUAACCACGAAUAAUACCCAGGAUAGUAACCAUUCUGUGGCCUGAGCUGGCCAGACGUCAUGUCCCGAAGGAGCUACCAGGUGUGGGCGCUGCAGGACCCCCGCCUGGGGCCGCCCGCUCGGGCCCGUGUUGUCUCAGGCAGUAGGGACCCUGGCGCUGGCGGCUGUGGUAGGAAACCACCGAGACUGGCAACUUCCCAGGUUCCUAGAGAGGAGGGGCAUGGAAAACGCACUUCCGGCGGAGGGUCUCAAGCUUUCCCCGGUGUCGGCGGCAGGUGGAAUUUCCACGCUUUAUCUGCGCCUGCGCCGCGCGGGAUUCGCGGUCUGAGCAGAAGAGGUUCGCGGUCCGGUUUCACUUCUCCGAACCCCGAGGCAGUGUGCGAAGCUGGGACGCCAGCCAUGUUCCAGACCGCUUGGCGCCAGGAACCAGUGACCUUUGAGGAUGUGGCUGUGUACUUCACCCAGAAUGAAUGGGCCAGCCUGGACUCUGUGCAGAGGGCCCUGUACAGGGAAGUGAUGCUGGAGAAUUAUGCAAAUGUGGCUUCCCUGGCAUUUCCAUUCACCACGCCUGUUCUGGUCUCCCAGCUGGAGCAAGGGGAACUGCCAUGGGGCCUUGAUCCCUGGGAACCUAUGGGCAGGGAGGCUCUCAGAGGUAUCUGUCCAGGGGAUGAGGCUAGAACUGAGAAGGAAGGAUUAACUCCAAAGGAGCAUGUGUCCAAAGAAACAGAGUCCUUCAGACUGAUGGUGGGGGAGCUGCCAGGGAAUGUUUCCCAGCACCUUGACUUUGGGAGCAGCCUAGAGCAGCCCCAAGGUCAUUGGAUAAUUAAGACAAAGUCAAAGAGGAGACAUUUCACAGAUACCUCAGCCAGGCACCAUGAGGCUUAUGCAGUCAAUAAUGGAGAGAAGUUUGAGAAAUUAGGAAAAAAUAUUAGUGUCAGCAUACAACUCACUACGAAUCAGACAAUUCCUAGUGGUCAGAUAUCUUAUGAAUGUGGACAAUGUGGCAGAUAUUUCAUUCGAAUGGCAGACUUCCACCGACAUCAGAAAUGUCACACUGGUGAAAAGUCUUUUGAAUGCAAAGAAUGUGGAAAAGACUUCAGAUAUAACUCAUUACUUAUUCGGCAUCAGAUAAUUCACACUGGAAAGAAACCAUUUCAGUGUAAAGAAUGUGGAAAAGGUUUAAGUUCAGACACAGCCUUGAUUCAGCAUCAGAGAAUCCACACUGGAGAAAAGCCCUAUGAAUGUAAGGAGUGCAGCAAGGCCUUCAGUAGCAGCUCUGUCUUCCUCCAGCACCAGAGAUUCCACACUGGGGAGAAGCUCUAUGAAUGUAACGAAUGUUGGAAAACUUUCAGUUGUAGCUCAAGUUUCACUGUCCAUCAGCGAAUGCAUACUGGGGAGAAACCUUAUGAAUGUAAAGAGUGUGGAAAACGAUUAAGCUCCAACACAGCCUUGACUCAGCAUCAGCGAAUUCACACUGGGGAGAAGCCGUUUGAAUGUAAGGAGUGUGGGAAGGCAUUCAAUCAGAAAAUAACCCUGAUUCAGCACCAGCGAGUUCACACUGGCGAGAAACCUUAUGAGUGUAAAGUGUGUGGUAAAACCUUCAGCUGGUGUGGAAGAUUCAUUCUGCAUCAGAAGCUACACACUCAGAAGACACCUGUCCAAGCAUAGGGCUAUCCAUAGUUAGGCCCACUGUGCAUCUCCUUUUUUCUCUUUAUUUUCAUGCUUUUUAUCAGUGUCCUCACUGUCCUUCCUGUGUAGAUACUUGGCUUUCAUCAUGAAAUCUUCCUUAAGUUUUUUGAACCUGUUUCUCCAACAUGAAGUCUCUUUAUGGUUAGAAAAGACCAAAAAACAAGCAAACUUAGAAACAUAAAAGGAAAUGUCCCAGAUUUAAAUGAUAUGCUGGGUGCCCAGCAGGAUGGAUUCAAGGGAAACCUACAUUAAGGAAAAUUGCUGUGAAUUAUGAAAACACCAAGUGUGAAUAAGAGGAUCAUGGAGACCCUAAAAGGUUUCUAGAGAGAGAAAACAAAAGAUCAGAAAUGAAAAUGGGGCUGGGCGCGGUGGCUCAUGCCUGUAAUCCCAGCACUUUGGGAGACCAAGGUGGGCGGAUCCUGAGGUCAGGAGUUCGAGACCAGCCUGCCCAAUAUGGUGAAACCCCGUCUCUCCUGAAAAAAAAAAAUACAAUAAUUAGCCAGGCGUGGUGGCACAUGCCUGUAAUCCCAGCUACUUGAGAGGCUGAGGCAGGAGAAUCACUUGAAUCCCUGAGGCAGAGGUUGCAGUGAGCCGAGAUGGCACCACUGUACUCCAGCCUGGGCGACAGAGUGAGACUUUGUCUCAAAAACAAGAAAAAAUGAAAAUGGCAUUAGAUUUUUCAACAGCAACCUUCAAAGUCAGAUGACAAUGUGUAUGCCUUCAGACUUCUCAUGGAAAAUGUCUUCCCCUGCAAUUCUGUACUCCGAAGUAUAAGUAUAGAAUAAAGGCAUUUCAGACCCUUUAAAUCUGAAA